GGGGGACGCGCGCAGCUUUAUAUGAACCAGAGCGAGCGAAAGCGCGUGCACAUAAACGGCGGGAAGCAGGACGUAUCGAGUGACGUCAUCCAGAGCGACGAAAACAAAUUUCGGCUCGCGCAUCUCUUGGUUAAACUGGUAAAACCCAAAGACUCCGGAGGUCUGUAGUUAUCCCUUUCCCAAAAGACGUUGCGUGACUGCUGCCAUAGACAUUGCGGGCUGUAGUUAGGCCCUUCUUCUGAAAAUACAGUUUAUGAAUUCGCGAUGGCCGCCUCUUAUCAUUACCUGUCUGCCGAUCAGUACUCCUGUCCCGUGUGCUUGGAGGUCCUGAAUGAGCCAGUCACUAUACCAUGUGGACACAGCUACUGUAUGAAGUGUAUUAAUGACUACUGGAACAUGUCGGAUAACGAGGGGACUUAUAAAUGUCCUCAAUGCAGACGAUCUUUUAAAGACAGGCCAGAGCUGAACAGAAGCACCGUACUAACGGAACUGAUCGGGAAACUAAAGGAGGUGAGAGCUGAUCGGGGACCGUCUGAGAGUUACGCUGGAUCUGACGAGGUGUCCUGUGAUGUUUGUACGGGGAGAAAACGGAGAGCCAUGAAGACCUGCCUGACCUGCGUGGCCUCCUACUGUGAGACACACCUCCGGCCGCACUUGGAGUCAGACGCCCUCAGAAGUCACAAACUAGAGGAGCCGACUGGAAAUCUGGAAGAGAAACUCUGCACGAAACAUCAGAAAGUUCUGGAAAUCUUCUGUCGGACCGAUAACACCUGCCUGUGCUUGCUUUGCGUGGCGACUGAACAUAAGAGUCAUGACACCGUGACACCUGAUGAGGAAAGACCUAGGAGACAGAAUCAGUUGGAAGAGAGAAAGAGAAAAAUAAAAAAGAAAAUAGAAGAGAAAGAAAAGAAAAUGAAGGAGAUUAUGGAGACCAUAGAGAGGAUUCAGAGCACAGCAGCAAAAGAAGUUCAGGAACACGAGCAGAUCUUAAAGUCUGUAAUUCAGUCCAUUGAAAAGCUGAGGUCACAGGUCGCUGAAGUGAUUAGAGAUUAUGAGAGGACAGAGGUGAGAAAGGCUGAAGAGCUCAUGAAGCAACUGGAGAAGGAGAUCAAGGAUUUGAAGAUGAGCAAUGCUGAGCUGGCCAGGCUUUCACAGACAAGUGACCACAUCCACUUCCUAAAGAAAUUACCAUCUGUUUUGGCCCCUCUUGGAGAUGAAGGCAUACCAGACUUCAGCAUUAAUGGAGAUUUGCUUCCUAAGACUCUCAGGACAAGCCUGUCUGAUCUGAAACAAAGACUGCAGGAGAUCAGGGGCUUGGAGUUGGUAAAGACCAGUGAGGCUGGAGCUGAUAGUUUAGCUCGCAUCCAGCAGAAUCAGAGGACCAGAAGUGAACGUUUGAAAUCUAGGGCAUCCAGAUAUGAAAACUCGGGCCUGGCACAGCAGACGAGGCGAGAAGACUUGAACUCGGCACGACAGUCUAUAAGGCGAGAAGACUCGGGCCCAACACAACAUCAGAUGAGGCGACAAAAUCUGGGCCUGGGAGAGCAGAUAAGGCGACAAAAUCUGGGCCUGGCAGAGCAAGUGAGGCAAGAAAAGUUGAACUCAGCACGACGGUCUGUAAGGCCAGAAAACUUCAGCCUACCAGAGCAGAUGAGGCGAGAAAAUCUGGGCCCGGCAGAACAAGUGAGGCAAGAAGAGUUGAACUCAGCACGACGGUCUGUAAGGCCAGAAAACUUCAGCCUACCAGAGCAGAUGAGGCGAGAAAAUCUGGGCCCGGCAGAGCAAAUGAGGCGAGAAAAUCUGGGCCCGGCAGAGCAAGUGAGGCAAGAAGAGUUGAACUCAGCACGACGGUCUAUAAGACGAGAAAACUUGGGCCCGGCAAGACAGAAGAUAAGGCAAGAAGACCUUGCACUGGCACUAUGGCAGAUGAGUCCAGAAGACAUGGACCUGGCAAAUGGAGACUCUCUAUCACUCAUAAAGUUAUAGAAACUGCAAAUAAUGAAAAACUUUACUAUGGAAUGACCCCAAAUUAUUUUCAUAUCUAAUUAAACUUUUCAUUAAAACUAUUAACCCCCAAU